UUAUGUAGUUUAUUUAGAUUUUAGGUGAUUUUUGAAAUAUGGAUACAACAUUCCAAAGAUCAAAAAUAUUGAAGAGUAUUCCAAAUGAUAUUUUAUCUCUUUAAUAAAAAACCCUAAAUCAACCUCCCGUUUCAGAUCACCAACCAGUCCCGUCCAAUCCACUCAUCAUCUCGCCUCGCCUCGCCGUUUCUCCUUGAUUCCCUCGCGUACAAUGAGAGACGUCAAAGUCAAAGCUAAUCCCAAGUCAACGCAUCAAGAAGACUCCCCGAGCGUCAAAUCAACACCCGAGAUCGAGAAAAAGUACGUCCACCGAGUCUACGACGCCAUCGCUCCGCACUUCAGCUCCACGAGGUACGCCAAGUGGCCUAGAGUCGCCGCCUUCCUCGAAUCCUUACCUUCCGGAUCCGUGAUCCUCGACGCCGGCUGCGGGAACGGCAAGUACCUGGGGCUGAACCCGAACUGUUUCUUUAUAGGCUGCGACAUAAGCAGCCCUCUCAUCAGAAUCUGUUCGGAGAAAGGACAAGAGGUUGUAGUCGCGGACGCUGUUAAUCUCCCUUACAGAGAAGGGUUUGGCGACGCGGCGAUCUCGAUCGCGGUUUUGCAUCAUUUGAGUACGGAGGAGAGAAGGACGAGCGCUGUUAACGAGCUGGUUCGCGUUGUUAAGCCUGGCGGGUUUGUGCUGAUAACGGUUUGGGCUGCGGAGCAGGAGGAUGAGUCUUUGCUUACUAAGUGGACGCCGUUGUCUCCCAAGUAUGUUGAGGAAUGGGUGGGACCGGGUAGUCCGAUGGAUAGCCCUCGUGUGAGGAACAAUCCGUGCUUCGGUCUUGAGAGUAUUCCGGAGAGUGACGUGAGUGUAAAGGAGGAAAAGGAUAAGGACUCUGUGGAGAUGAGUCAUCAGCAAGAGUACUUUGUUCCGUGGCAUUUGCCGUACCACCGUGCGGAAGUUAGUGGUGCAUCUGCUUCUGCGCUUGCGAGUGGGCUUGCGAAAAAAGACGAUAAGAAAGGAGCUGUUGUGUACAAUAGAUACUACCAUGUGUUCAGUGAAGGGGAGCUUGAAAGGUUGGCGUCUGGUGUAGGGAAUGCAAUGGUAGUUGAUAGGUUUUACGAUAAGUCUAAUUGGUGUAUUGUUCUUCAGAAAGAAGCUUUAAACCAAGGCUGAGACCAGACUCUUUGGCUUCACACUCAGUUUUACUUUUUUUUUUUUUUUUUCCAUAUUUCUGAAAGUGGAACUCUCCCUUGUAGCCACCAUUGGAGGUUUUUCCAUAUGUAAUCCAAGUUUUUUUUUAAUGGUUGUAGUUGAGAUUCUGUGUCAGCUCAUUUGUUGUGCAAUUGUUGGCUUUAAGGCUUCGUAUUAUGUGUAAUGUUGAGUCUACACUGAUAAACAAAAUGUCAUUUGUAAUUGGAUAACAAAAAGAAAGAAAGAAAGAGUAAUGCAUUUGUGCUUCCUCAGUUUCAGUUGA